UCGUGGGCAACGGACGCUUCCUCAGAACUCAGAACUCAAGUGGAGUGACGAGCACGAGAACGGAACCGGAAACGAAAGCGAUAGAGAGAGAGAGAAUAAGCCUGUUGAAGUUUUGGCGGCGCGUUCGAACCGGAAGCUAACCCACAUGUAACCUGGUCCUAUCUCAUCCGGAAAAACGUCGAUCGCCUAGGAGAUUGACCCACCAUGGGCGCACUGAAGCCGCUGGCGGCCAUUUGGCUGCUCCUGCUCAUCGCACACACUCAGGCAGUGAGAGAAAAUCCCCUGAAGGACCCUCGCAUCUGCGGUCGGCCGCAAUGUGAGUCAAACAAUCCCAAGUUCAGUUAUGGCGAACAGAUUUAUAAAUAUGAAUACACGGUGGCUGUGCGCACCGAGUUCGCCGGAUCCGGUGACAAUAGCUCCGACCUUCUGCUCAAGUCCAACUUGGAGAUAUUCUUCCCGAAGCCCUGCGAGGGCUACUUGCGGAUCAACGAUGCCAAGUUGUAUGAUAAACUGGACGAGCUGGGUGACGCGUCCAACGAUAGCGAAUCGUCCAACGACAAGCCCAAGGAGUACGAUUACUACGAUAAUCUGGGCAGCGAUGAUCCCGAAACGGAGGACUUUGAGAGUCUGCACCCCAAGAGCAUGAAACUGAACGAGGAUUUGACGACCAACCUACUACGCUUCGCUUUCCACGAUGGCCUCAUCAGCGAGGUGUGUCCGCAGGACCAGGAGACGCCCUGGGUGCUCAACAUCAAGAAAGGCAUCCUGUCCGCGUUCCAGAACACCAUGAUGCGCUUCGACGUGGAUUCCAACACAACGGAGACGGAUGUUUCUGGUCAGUGCCAGGUGCAGUACGCCCUGGAGGAUACCGACAGUGUUUAUGUGAAGAUCCGCAAGACGAAGGACAUCAACUCCUGCAGACAGCGCUAUGCCACCCACUCGGUGCUGCAGACCACACCGUACACUUUCCGAGAUGACAAGACUAUAUGGCCGAUUUUGAAGUCCCAGAGCCACUGCAACCUGACCAUUGAUAACAAUGUCUACCGCGAGAUCAGUUGUCUGGAGACACAUUUACUGGUUCCAUUCUCGAAUGCCAGUUCUGGAGCCCUGACCACCAGUAGCAGUCGCUUAAAGCUAAAGGGGGAGGAGCCCUACAGUGCCGGGGAGUUCUUAGAGCAGAAUCCCGAGAUGGUCGACCGACGUGCCACCCUCGUCUUUGAUCACACGCCUGCCGUAAAACCCUCCCACGAUGAGAUUAAGGCUGCCCGAGAGCUUUUGGUCCAGAUGUGCGCCGUUGGCUUUCCCAACAUCAAGCGCGAGUUCAUCGAUGUCUUCACCAACUUCCUGCAAACCUCCAAGAGCCUCGACUACAAGACUCUAAGUGUCUUGCUCCAGAGGUCUGCUAGCACCUGUGAACAGGGCAAAAAUCAUGUGCUGGAAUCCCUGCCCUACAUUGGUAGCACCGCCUCGUAUAAGGUGAUGCGGGAUCAGAUUGUCAACGAAAGGCUCACCAAGCAGAUGGCUUACAGCUGGAUGAGGUCCCUGUCCUUCAUCACACGUCCCGACGAGGAGACCCUGGAAACCUUCUACUCGAUCCUCGAGUACGCCAAGAACCGACUGGAUCCGGAAUACACCCUCGGUGCCACGGCGGUGGUGCAUAGCUUUUGCAAACAUCACGAAUCCUGCGAGGAGAACCUCCGAGUGCAGCAGAUCAUUAAUCUCCUGGAGACCGAGUUCCUGAGUUUGUACAACCUGUUCAAAGGAGAUCGUCGCAACCGUGAGCGUAUGGUGAUUCUGCUUAAAGGCUUAGGUAACAUUGGUGUGGUUUCACCUGACUUCGCUGAGCAACUGCAAUGGAUUAUCCGGGAGGAUGGAGCCCCGGUGGAUAUUCGCCUACAGGGUAUUUUGGCCUUCCGACGGGUGGACUGUCCUCGGUACCGAAGCUUCUUCUUGGACAGCUAUGCCAACUACACUUUGAACUCGGAGCUGCGAAUAUACAGUUAUCUGCAGGCCAUGCGGUGUCCCGAUUACAUAUCCGUUGGAACCAUAAAAUCAAUCCUAGAGCAUGAGCAAAUCAACCAGGUGGGCUCAUUCGUGUGGUCGCAUCUGACCAACCUGGCCAAAUCCAAUUCGCCCGUUCGCAUCGAGGCCCAGGGUCUGCUGCUGAACGAUGAGCUGUCGGAACGCUUCAAAAUGGACAUCCGGAAGUUCUCGAGAAACUACGAGCACAGUUUGUUCUUCGAUGAGUAUAACUUCGGAACGACCACCGAUGCAAAUGUCAUCUUUGGCACGGAUUCAUACUUGCCACGAAUCGCCAGUCUGAACUUUACAGCCGAUCUCUUUGGUCAGUCGGUGAACUUUUUUGAGUUGACUGCCCGUGCCGAGGGACUCGAGGAGCUGGCGGCCAAUGCCUUUGGUCCCAAGGGUCCUUUGAGUGGUGAGCUGCUGCGCAAGAAGCUGUCGUUCUUGAAUCGCUGGCUGGGCAACGAGAGUGCCGAGGAAGAUGACACCCUGGAAAAUCUGCUCAGCCUGGAUAAUCUGCGGCUGAAGAGGAAGGCCCAGCAGACUGUUCAUGCCUAUGAGCAGGAGGAGGACGAGGACUACGACUUCGAGGAGUCCUUGGAGGGGGCUAAGCGACACAAGCGGGAUGCUAGCAGCGCUCGCAAACAGGAGAUUGAUCGCAAUGUGGACAGUCUGGGCUACAAGCUGAAGUAUGACUACAAUAACCCGAGGGCACAGUUCGGUCUUCGGAUCUUCGGCAACGAUCUGCGCUACUACAACGUUGAGUCCAUGCUGGAGGUGAUGGCCCUAGCCGCCCAAUUCAAUCCCUUCCAGCAGGCCAAGAAUGUGCUUUCUGGAAAGGAGUUCACGCACACAGAUUCGCGAGUGUUUUUGGAUGCCUCCUAUACAGUUCCACUGGCAGUCGGUCUUCCAUUGGCCAUCCAUGCGUUUGGAGCUUCCUCCGUGGACCUUCGCAUCAGUGGUAAUUUGGAUGAAAUGGAACCGCCCAUCGAUUGGCACUUUGACGUCCAAGGGAGGUUCAAGCCCUCGGUGUCCGUGGAUGUGAUCACCACCAUGCAGACGGAUAUGUUCUGGGAGCAAUCGGGCAUCAAGGUGAAGAGCAACCUGUACUCCAACUCGGAGCUGGUGGCCAAGCUGAAGAUACGCGGUCGCAAUCUGGUCUCCUUCUCCUUUGAUCUGCCUCAGGAUCAGAACGAGAUUUUCAGCGUGCGAUCGGAGCUGUUGGUCCAAAAGCGUGAGGGUGAGCUGCCCCAGGCGGGAAUUGCCAAGAGGAGUGCCAACUCCACGUGCACUUGGCCCGUUCUCGAUCAGGCCAUCGGAUUGCAGAUGUGCUCCCACUUCAGUGUCCCGGAUCUGAGCAAUGCCACCGACAUUUACCCAAGCCUCUUGCUAGCGGGUCCACUGAACUUUAGCCUGAUCCUUAAGAAAUCCGAUCUGAGUGCCAAGAAGUACGUGUUCGAGUACAAGUGGGAUCAGCAAGAUGAGGACAACAACUUCUCGCUGGUGUUUACUACACCAGGCUCAAAGGUUCCGCGAGUUCUAGUGGCCAAUGUGACGAAGGUAACCGAUGCCUUCAAUGCGUCCGUGGCUUUCGUGAACGGACCCAAUCGCGUAUCCGCCGGGUGCAGCUACGAUGGAAACCCGGACUUCCGACGCUUGGAUGUUUACCUUGAUACGAAUGGCAAUCGAUCCCUGGACCUGGGCAUGGAACUAAGAAGGCACCAGGACUUCACCGCCUGGAUCUACAAUCCUCGCAUGUUGCUAGCCAUCAAUGGAGUGAAUAUCACCGGACUAGCAGGCACUGUUAAAGUGAAUGAAAAGAAUGGCAUCAAGCAACACGACGUGGAUCUCUCCUUUGAGACCAAGAAGCUGCAGGCUGUGAUCAAGGGCAACGUGGUUCAAACUGAGAUAACCACUUCCACUAAUAUGACUGUUAAGUAUAGGUUCCAAGCCAAUAAAAUCGAAGAGAUUAACUUUGCCGGCAAGCUGGUUAACAAUGGAGAUAAGGCCAAGACAGAGUAUCGUGGCAACAUGAAACUCCAGACCUCGGCUUAUCCCAAGCUAAACUUCGCAUCGGAUGCAACGUGGCUAAGUCUGCAGGGACACACAGAAGGCAUGAUCACUUAUAAUAAUGCACCGGACUAUGUAAAUCCCAACUAUACGAGUUUGCUUCGCUUGGUCUUCGCAAGAUCCCAUUCAGAGGAUUCUCCUUGGGAGGGAUCACGCACACGGGCAAGUCUGGAACUAAAGCUGCCAAGGUCUAAGAUAGAUUACCGCGUUUUGGUUAAGCACGAAGAACGCAGCAAGAACGGAACCGAGCACAAUGUGAUUGUGGGUUUGAAGUACGCUCCUGAGAAGGAGAUCACGGGUCUGUUCUCCGUGCAUUUGCCCAGACGGAACCUGUUUGCCAUAGAUGCUUACAUGAACGUGACUGUACCAGAGUUUAAUUCAUGUACAGGCAGCCUAAAAGUCAAUGAGAAAGCCACCAAGGACUAUCUCAUCUUCAUCAAUGGUUCCUGGUUUACUGGGCACUCAGUCGCGGUGAAGGCUAACUACAAGGACCGCAGCUCGCGGGUACAGGCCCUUCAUCACCUAAAGAUGAUUGUGGAAAGUCCAUCCUUCAAUACAACCUCCCUCAACAUCGUGUACCGCCGCAACCAGCUACUGAUCUUCUACGACCUUCAGGCCAAAUACGGACAGGAUCCCUACGGCGUGACAAUACAGUAUGCAGCAAAUGCCCACAAUCGCAACUCCAAUGCGGAGGUACGACUGAAGGUAAAGGAACGUGACUACUGGAUCAAUGCCAAAUUGUUGUCAGAGCAGCCGAAGCUCCUGCAGCUGGAAUUUCACAUAGACAAAAUUCGUGAUGUGCACAUUAAGGUUGGCCUACUGAAUGUGGACAAGCGAAAGGAGCUCUCCCUGGAACUCAAGUGGGACGCCAACCGUGAUCCCAGCCAGAGAUUGGGUCUCCUUGCCGAAUACAAUAGCCCCGGAAAUAAGCACUACGAUGGAAACGUGAUGCUCACCUAUCCGGAGCGCACCAUCAACUUUGGCUUUAACUCCUUCACCGGAGGACCCAAAUACUUCGGCAAGGUUCACGCCUCCUGGAGCAUCAACGAGGUGGUUGAGUUCGAGUACGAUGCGGGUAUCCUGCCUGGCCAGACGCUCCACAAUUGGGUGAAGGCCGAGCUACGAACGCCCUUCGAUGGCUGGCGCACUAAUAGUCUCGAUGCCGGAGUCUAUAACAUGAACAACCUGAUCCUAAUCAACUCUACCCUCUUCUGGGCAGACGAUCAGAAGCUACAGGUGGGCUACAAGAGCGACUACGACAUCAACGAUCAGUUGACAAGCUUUGAUGUUCGCUUCGGCAUCAACAGCACAAUCCGAGAUAUUCCAACGAUAAAUGUGAAGGUGGUGCAUUGGCUGGAUGCCAAGAAGGUGGACACCGAGCUUUAUCUGGGCUACAGUGGACAGAACAAUACCUUCAACACGUACAGCAUGGACUCCAGUUGGGAGAUUGAGAAGAACCAGCAUUACCACAAUGUUUCCGGCUUGGUGCAUCUGGUUAGUCCGUUCAAGGGUUACGAGAAGGGUGGUCUGGUGGCCCAGUUCUCGCUCAGCGAUCAGCGAGCGGUCAGCGGAGCAGCAGCACUUAACUUCGAUGUUCGGGAGUUCACCUUGACCAUGGACGGUUAUGUGAAGAAGUUUACGGACAACAUGCUAACCAUUAACAUCACCACUCCCUUGGAGAAGUUCCGCACCAUCAACGGUCGCUUUGGGUUGAACGAAAGGAAACGUCAUGCGGUUGCCGAGGUAAGAGCUCCCACCGCAGCUCUCGGAGUGGAGGCCUUGGCGGACAUUAGGAAUCUCCUGAACUUCGAUGUCAAGCUGAGCCUGGCCACACCCAUCGAAAGUUUCCAGCAGGCGGCGAUAUUCGCACAGCUAAAUCCGGAGCGUGUUGAUAUGCGCGGCUUGUGGAACAACGUCACCCUGGGAUUCACUGGCGUUUGGCACAUGCAGAAUAUAACAGACUUUGAGUACUCCUAUCUGGUAUUCACACCACUGGCGGGCUUCGAGGAAAACGGAUUCAUUGUCCAGCUGCUGAAGAGGGACGAGUUCAUCUUCCAGUUGCAUGGCAAGCUGUCAAAUUAUAAACUAGGUGUGAAGAUCAAUGGCAAGCCAAAGUCGGACUUGGUCAAUAAGCUGGGUAGCAACAAGAUGGAGUUGGAGAUGCUCUACGAUGCGGACUUUAAGCCACUGAAUGCCGAGACUGACUAUAAGCCUGAUGAGGAUGAGGAGUACUUCUCGUACUUUACGGACUUCCAGGUGGACACUCUUUUGUGGCCCACUAUUGUAGGCAAUGUGGACAUUCAGGAGAUCAUUGACUUCUACUUGGUUGUGGGUCAUGUGCAUCUGCCGCAGGGAAAAUUGGAGUUCAAGGACCGCCUCCACUUCCCCGACUACCUAAAUGUGCACAAUCUUCUGACCGUGACUACUCCGUUUGCUGUGGCCAAGGACAUCAAGUCAAUCGUGGAGUACCACACCGACUUGCACUUCAACGCGUUCUAUGAGCGAAUCAAGUUUACAGUCAACGAUGCCAAGGACCAGGUACAGGAACUGGGCUUUGAGUUUAACUACACCACACUGCAGGACAAUGUGAAGCCCAAGGCGCACGAUGUCCAGCUCAAACUCAUCACACCCUACGAAAUGCUGCGCGAAAUUGACAUUCAUGGACGACUGGAAGUGGACGAUAAUGCUUAUAAGGGCAACAUCAGUGCGGUCACAGCGCACACACAUCUCUCGAUGGCAGCUUCCGUAGAGAACGAGGACAACUUCUUGGAAACCUCAGUGGGUAUCCUGCUGGAAACGGACGUUAUCCCGCACUAUGCCUGCCAGGUGUACUUUAAAAAGGACUUCUCAGCCGUCGACAACGCCAUAGACAUUCGCUUCGAAGUUACCGACAAUGGAACACUGAACCAGCUCCACAUUACGACAGACUGGCACACCAAUCCCUCUUAUAUCGUUAAUGCCAACGGAAAGAUUCGAACCACCAUGCUGCCACUUCAACUGGCUUCCACUUCGAUUUUGAUCACUAAGGAUCAAAAUCCCCAGCUCAACUUCGAUCUCAGCUUCCUGAGCCAGAAUGGUCAGAGCAUAUCGUAUGGAACGCGGGCCAACAAAAAGAAGGAUGUCUUCAACAUUGAGGUAUGGACUCCUCUGAAAAACUUCCGGAACAUCUCCAUGCACGGUACCGUCGCUAGAAAUCCCCGCGAUGCUGAGCGCUACGAUGUCUCAGGGUUCCUGUACCGAAAUAUGGCAACAUAUGGCGUUACGGGCGCUGUUCGCAUGUCCAAGAGUCUGCCCAUCGAUGCCACUUUAAGGGUGCAGCCCAAAGCCGGAGGACGAGAUGGUGUGAUCGAGUUGAAUAUCCACGAGGAGGGACCGAAGAAGAUUGGCUUCUCCUUUAGCGCCAUCGAGGAUGGUAAGAUGUGCCAGAUCUCGGGAGGUUACAGUAUCAGCGAGAGCAAUGGAGCCAUGGACUUCUCUGUUCUGGUGGAGAGCACGGAGCCGGAAAUCGCGCGAAUCAACUUUAAUGGCAAUCUGAAGCCCAGCUCCACGGGUUCACUUGUGGGUGACCUGAACUUGGAGACUCCCUGGAAGUCGCUCGGCAUCGAUUCGGUGCACCUGCACUCGGAUGUGGGUGUUGGCAGCAAGGGCGGCAACAUGGUGGGUGAAUAUAAGAUCGGUCAGUAUGUCGGACGAGGUAGUUGCAUGUGGUCCUGGAUUCUGGGCGAGAAUCUGCAACUGGUGCUGGAGAGCUACUUGGAGAGGCCGAGUGCCCAACCGAGAAUCGUCCAUGCCAGUGCCAAGUACCUGAACCCGGGACAGACCUUUGCUCAACUGCAGGCUGGUGGUCGCCUCAGUGUCGAUUCCAAAUGGAACCUCGAUGUGAAUGGCAGUGUGCACUAUAAAUCCGUUGAUGACUUCGACUUUAGAGUCAUUACCGAGUUGCCUUUACCCGUUGGAGAUCGUCACCUGCUGAGUGCUCGCUACCAGGGUAAUGUGAUAAGCAAACAGUUUAUCGAUCCUGACUUUGUCUUCGAAGCGAGUUACGAGGGUUUGGAGGCUGAGAACAAGCUACUGUCCCGAGUUUCCUAUCGAAAUACAACCAACAACCUCAAGGGCGUGGGUCACGUCGAAUGGGGCAAGCUGAAGAGCUUGUCUAUUGUGGAGGGAGAUUUCGAGCUGCUGCAGAAGCCAGGAGCCCGCCGAGAGUUCUAUGCCAAGAUGAUCACGCCCAAGUUCAAGGAUGAGCACACGUUUGCCCUGACCGGACACUACGACAAGGAGAAUGCGGAUUACCACAACUUGGUGUGUGCCCUGGACUAUCCGGCCAGUCGUCGAAUCACUGAUCUGGAUGUCUCCUUUAGUUCGCUGAGCAAUAUGCAUGGCAACUUCAACAGCACAAUGCCCUCCUUCCUCAACGUCAGUUGGUUCAAGUCGGACUUUAAUUUCACCACCAAAAAUGGAAAGAGCUAUCGCUACUGCCGCUGCUUUUGGCCUCAGGACUCCGCCUACUUCAAGUUCAACAGCAACUACGACAGCGACAGCAACAAUGUUAACCACAAGAUCAAUGGCAAUUUGGAAGUUGAGGUACCACUGGCCACUCGCCAUCGAGCGGAUGUGUUUUAUGACUUGCAGAAGAUUCGCAACGAGAAUCUAGGAGAAGUCAAGGUCCUGUACAACGAGAAACAGGUGCUGCAUGGCAAUUACAAGCGGGUGGAGCAACAGAAGCACCCCAUCUACAAGGAGACCACGGAUAUAUCGCUUGAGAACGAAGUGAAACCCCUGGGAAUUCACUAUGUCAGCACCAGAGAUGCUAGCGAUCCUGAGGGAACCCAGGACGUAAAGCACUUUGAGGUGUUCGAGCUGAGAAACACGCAGAACUUUAACCUUACCGGUGAGCUGCAUUCGAGGACGACUCUCAAGGCCCAGGACUUCAAGGUGGUGGCCAUUCAUCCUAACCGAGCCGUAAUUCUGAGCACCAAAUACGAGGACGUCAGUCCCGAGGUGGUGAGGCAGCACACCAAGUUGGAGCUCUCAGAGACCGCCUGGAUAGGAUACAACCUGGAGCUGGGUAACUUUAGCAAGGUUGGCAACGAGUCCCAGAGCUUCGCCUUGGACAUCUUCUAUCCAAAGCGCAAUCUCUCCUCCUCCGGCCAGUACUACAUGACGGACACGCACUUCAACUCGGACCUGACCUUCCAGUGGCUAGGCGGCAACUCGGCCGAACAGCCCAAGGAGAUUCGCAGCAACCUGCAAUGGACGGCGGAGCCCUUGCGUCGUGGUGAUCGCGAACAUCGCACUUUUGCGUUGACAGUGGCACAUCCUCUGCUGGAAAAGGACAUUAACUGCAAGGCGACGUACUACCGCGGAUUGCAGGAUCUCCUGAGGACCCACUUGACUAUCGACUAUUCGGAAUAUGAAGACCAACUUAUUGAGCUGGGUGCUCAGCUGACCGAUAGGUACACUGAACUAGGCCACACGAACUACACCUUCAAGGUGUAUGGAAAGCAUAGGGCUUCCGAGCUGGACGUUCAGCUCAAUGGCACUUUGGCGGCCAGGAACUCCUACUACAAGACGGAGUCCACGGCCCACUACAAACGUGAUAUCUUCCCAGCGAGAUACGGCAAGUUCCUGGCCCUGCUGGACGUCAACAAGCGGGAAGUGGAGUACGAACGCCAGUCACCUUUCCACACAGUGCGUUUGCAUCUGCUGCCCACCAUCCGGUAUCCCAUUUACGGUCUGAAUGCCACCAUCUGGGAUACUCCUGAUACAAACCACUCGGGAUACAUCUACGCUGAUCUCUUGGAGCGCUAUGCUCGCAUGGACUUCAACCUCACGGAGGAUGCCAGUCAGAACCUGCAAAUGGUGGGUUACAUUCCGGACACACGAAGUGCCUUCCUGGACAUUUGGCGGAACUACGAGGAGAUCCGUGUGAUCGACGUUAGUUCGUACCUUAAGAUGAAUCACUCGCGACUAAUUACCGGUCGCUUCCAUUGGCGUCCGUCUAUCCGGCAAGAGGUCCGCGAGAAAAUCCAAGCGGUGGGCAAAUCAGUCUACAGCUCCUUCUCCGAGGGAAUUGACUUUUGGAUCAAGUCCAUCUACACCGAAACUACGGAGUCAAUGGGCGUGGUAUGGAGCACAGCCAAGGAGUACAACAAGGACUUCAUUGAGGACAUUGGUCAUCUGAGUGUUUUGGAGGAGGACCUCGCCGAUCUGCGGCUGUUUGUGAAUCAGUCGUACGAAGCGAAUGAUUUCUAUAUCAAGAACGUGGUUAACUUCACGCUGACCAUCCUCGAUGAGUUGGCAAUCAGGGAUCACAUCGAAUCGCUGCCCAAGAUCUUCUCCGAGUUGUGGCAGGCGAUGGGAGAUUCCGGAAAGGCUCUGCGCAACAGCAUCGUGUGGCUGAUCGAUACCAUAAAGAGCACCUACAACAACCUACUGGAUGCGGUGGCUCGAUUCUUCCACGGCGAGAGUCUCACCUACAUAUCCGGUCUGCUGGAGAAGGGCAUUGCGAAGUACGACAGCUUUGUCAAGGAUUUGCACAUCAAGUUUAUUAAGUAUAUAGAGAAUUUGUGGCACAAGACUUGGUCCUUGGCGGAGAAUCACUGGAAGGCAGUCCUCAAGCGCUUUGAGCCGCAUCUCUUCAAGAUGAUCAGCUUCAUAGAGACCACUGCCUGGAAUCUCAGCAAGGAGGUGUUUGAUUUCAUAUACAAACGUACCAACGAACUGGCCGAGUCCCCGUACUUCAACAAGGUCUCUAGCUUUACGGCUGAUGCGGAACGACUUUACCGGGAUUUCAAGGCCAACGAUGCGAUUACCAACAUCAAGAAGUAUUCAACGCUGGCUUGGAAUUUCGUCAAGGAGAAGUACUUCAAGCUGGUGCCCUUCGGCGCGGAAUUAAACGAGGUUCUCACCGAAAUCUGGCAGGAAAUCAAGGAGCUCGAGAAAAUCGAUCAGGUGCAGAUAAUGGUGCAGAAGUACUACGAAGUUAUGGCCAAGGUGGAGUGGGUGGCCGAUGAACUGCAGCUGGAGCAUCGUCUUCAUCAGGUUUACGGUCUGCUGAGGAACAAGUUCCGCAACUAUGCCAUGAACGCCUUGGAAACCGCCGAUAUGUACAGGGAAGCCAAGACCAAGUUCGUUUUUGAUCCCGUGGUGGGUAUUAUCGACAUCGAGCAAAAGUUGCCCAUGUCCUGGCACGCGUUCAACGAAACGCCCAAGUUCGAGGAGAUUCCCGAGUACCAAGUGCUGGCCAAGGCGCAGAGUUUCUUCAGUGAGACCAACUCGUCGAUCGUCAUGAAGCUCUACAACAUGCGCACCCAUCUGGAUCCCAAGACCUGGCUGCCACCCUACUACUCUCGCGCCUUGCUUAUUGACUCACGGCACUAUAUGACCUUUGACCAGCGCUAUGUGGGUCUGAACCUCAACUUUGAUGAGUUUGGAAACGGACGACCGAAUUCCCAGUGCAGCUAUCUGCUGGCCCACGAUUUCUUCAAGCGGAACUUCACUUUACUUCUGGAGCCAGCGAGCAAAUCCCUGGCUGGUCAAGGACUAACACGCAAACUGAGCUUCAUUGCCAACGAUCAACUGAUUGAAAUUGACCUGGGCACAGAUCACAUAAGCAUCAAUGGUAAUCCACAACCCAUCCUGCCGCUUAAACUGGGACCUGUGAACAUCCAUCGUGAUCUAGACGUACUCUCCAUUACCUCGGACACCGAGUUCAGCCUGCACUGCAAUGUUCAGUUCGACCUAUGUUGGUUCGAGGUGAGUGGUUGGUACUUUGCCAGGACGGCGGGACUGCUGGGAACCCUGAACAACGAGCCCUACGACGAGUUCACCAUGUCCAAUAGCGUCAUCUCCAAUGAGACGCAGCAGUUCACGGAUUCGUGGAGCCUGAAGCAGUGCAGGCAGACGCAGUUGGCCCAAACCCAAGAGGUCAGCAAGGAGGUGAGUGACACCUGCACCAGCUUCUUCCGCACUGGCAUCCUGGCGCCGUGCAGUGCGGUCAUUGACCCCAGUCCCUUCUACGAUAUGUGCCUGGACUUGGGCAUGAAAUCGCCGCCAAUUCGAAAAGGACAUCCGGCUGUCAAGGGCGCCUGUGCCGCAGCUUUGGCUUACAUCGAGGCCUGUACAGCGCUGAAGGUUCCGAUGCGUGUGCCCUCGCAGUGUGUGUUCUGUGAACUCUCCAAUGGUUCCUAUGUCCCUGAGGGCACUUUCAUGGAGCUGUCAGGCGCUGAGAUUCCCAGGAGCAGCGAUGUGGUCUUUAUUGUAGAGGCCAAGGAUUGCAAUGCCAACCUGAAGACUUCCAAAAGCAUUAUGACAGUGGUUAGCAGCAUAGAAGAACAGCUGCAGGCGGCUAAGCUAACGAAUAAUCGCUAUGCUGUGGUGGCCUUUGGAGGAGUGGCCCCCUACGACAAGGCCAGGAGUGUUAUUUACGAACACAAUGAGUUCACCUCCAAGCCGGAUCAGCUGGCGGACUAUUUUGGUCACAUCAACACCGGAAAUGGCAGCAGCAACGACAUCCUAAUGGCCAUUUCCGCUGCCGCCAAGCUCAACUUCCGUCCGGGCGUUUCGAAGACCUUCAUCCUGCUCUCCUGCAGCAAAUGUGCCGCCAGGGACAUGCGAUUCGACUACACCUCCAUUCUGCAAUAUAUGCUGGAGGAGGGCAUCAACCUGCACAUCCUGGCGGAUACGGAGUUCGACUUUGAGCGCAGCAAGAAGCUGCGUCACUUCUUCGGUCUGGACAGCAAGCUGGUCUACUCGAAGCGUUUCCCCGAGGGAGAUGCGGAGACCCGCAAUACGACCCACAUUCCCAAGAGCAACUUGGGCAUCUGCACAACACUCGCGGUGGAGACCCAGGGAUCGGUGUUCAGUGCUCGAAAGCUGCAGCCGGAGCGAAAGUAUCCCAUCAAGCGAUUCGCCACCAUUUUCGCCAAGCGCGUCGCCCUCAGUGCCACGCCCAUUCAGAGCCAGACCUGCGAGUGCUCCGCCCACAACACGGGCGUCUCCUACAUGGCCUGCUCGCCACAGGCUCUGCCAGAGGAGAAGUACGACCUGGACGACUAUGACUCCUUCAACAACUGGGACUGGGGAGACGAACCGGAGGGCGAGGCCAAUGUAAUGUCGUAGUUCUUAGUGCGCCGCUAUUAGUUAUUUAGUUCAGUUAUGUCCCUGCAGAAUGUAAGGUUUUUCUAAUGCAUAACCGACAGGCAUAUUUUGUAAAAAUAAAUCAACCUAUAAAGCCAAA